GGGGGGCCAAGCAAUGAUGUAACAGGAACAUAGCAGUACUUAAAGCGGGGGGCUUUUUUACCUCACACCACUUCACCCUGGCUGUUUGCAUCACAUCUGAGCAUUGUCAAGCAAGGAAGCGGUUCGACAUUCAAAAAACGUUAUGUGUUCUUUACAGGAUUUGGAAUAUGAUUUUAGGGCUUUCAACGUCUGAAAUAAGUUCAAUGGAAAAACAAGGUCAAACAGUUAAAUGUGCAGCUAAUUUUAGCCAAAGAGACACCUUCAGAGAAUCCUGAUCUCUAUUUUUCUGCCCUCAGCUGCUUCAGACAAGGCAAAGUCCAAACACACAGCUGCCUCCACUGAUCACAAGAAUUCUGAAAAUGGUUGGAUUCGGACCUGCAGAUGUGCCUCCGUCAGCUGCUGUAAAGUUUGUGGGGGCAGGAACUGCGGCCUGCAUUGCUGACCUGCUGACUUUUCCACUGGACACCGCCAAAGUGCGGCUGCAGAUUCAAGGUGAGGCUGCUGCCUCUGCAUCGAUUGGGAGGGUCCCUGCAUCGAUGUAUCGUGGCGUCUUUGGCACCAUCAUCACCAUGGUGCGCACAGAAGGACCACUGAGUCUUUACAGUGGACUGGUGGCAGGUCUUCAGAGGCAGAUGAGCUUCGCCUCUGUCCGGAUUGGCCUUUAUGACUCUGUUAAACAGUUUUACACUAGAGGCUCUGAUCAUGUUAGCAUUGGCACUCGGCUGCUUGCAGGAAGCACCACAGGUGCCAUGGCAGUUGCUUUAGCUCAACCCACAGAUGUGGUAAAAAUCCGCUUUCAGGCACAGACCAGAUCAAAUGAGCACACCAAACGCUACUGUGGCACCAUCGAUGCUUAUAAGACCAUUGCUAAAGAGGAAGGUGUGCGUGGCCUGUGGAAAGGUACUGGUCCAAAUAUUGCACGCAGUGCUAUAGUUAACUGCACAGAACUGGUGACGUAUGAUUUCAUUAAGGACAUGCUUCUCAAAUCUACUCCCUUGACAGACAACCUGCCCUGUCACUUUGUGUCUGCAUUUGGUGCUGGGUUAUGCACGACAGUGAUCGCCUCUCCUGUCGAUGUGGUCAAGACGAGGUACAUGAACUCUGCUCCAGGCCAGUACGGCAGCGUGCUCAACUGCGCUGCUGUCAUGAUGACCAAAGAGGGCCCCUUUGCCUUUUACAAAGGGUUCAUGCCAUCGUUCCUCCGCCUGGGCUCCUGGAACGUGGUGAUGUUUGUGACGUACGAGCAGCUGAAACGAGCUAUGAUGGCUGCCAAUCCCAACAGCUCGACUUCAGUGUGAUUAUUGCAGUUUACAUAAGGAUCAUUCACAUGUCUAUCAGCAAUAAUUUCAAGAAUCUUACAGUAUUAAUCUGCAUAUCAAGGAAGAAUAACAGAUGAAUCUAAUCUUCAUAGCCAGAGCUCAGAGCCUGCUUGAUCAGGCCCUUGCUGUCAGAGGAAAGCUUUUCUGGAAACUGGAUCUCAAAGGUGAUGAUGAGGUCUCCUCUCUGGGAAGAAUCCUGGGAUAGGGGCAUUCCUUCUCCUGUCACCACCUUGUUGUACGCUGGACUGAUGUGUUUUCGACGAUGCAGAAAAGAAAAUAGCACAUUACCUUGACCUGAUUAUGUAACAUUUUUAUAAAUAACUUAAAAUUUUUU